AUGGAUCGUAAUCCGACCAUUCAAGAUGAGGACGUCUCUCAGUUUUGUGCCAUGACCGGAGUACGUCCUGAGCAAGCACAGGAGUACCUCGCAGCCAAUGGAGGGGAUCUUGAGGCUGCCGUGACGGAAUUCUUUGCCGAACAAGAUGAAGCUUUACAAGAGGGAAACACAGGUCCUGGCCAGACUCUUGGAGAAAGCGAAUCGGCGCCGUCCGCAGGCCGGUCCCUAGCUGGCAGUUCCUCUCAGUCACCAUCGUUCCCCCCCCAACAAUCUUCCACAUCACGCAAAUCCGCCCCGAAAAAGAAAUUCGCGACGCUGGGUGAUUUCUCCUCCGGCGGUGGCGAUGACUCGGAGGAGGAAGAUGACGCGGUCAACCGGGAUUUGUUUGCUGGGGGUGAAAAGUCUGGAUUAGCUGUGCAGAACCCCGAUGAUAUCAAGAGGAAGAUCAUCGAAAAAGCAAAACGGUCUCAGGUCCCAGCAUCUGAUAACUCGGAGCCCCGACGGUCUUUCUUUACAGGUCCCGCUCGCACGCUCGGCGGCGAUGACACCCCCAGUCGGGUCAUCGAUGUUCCAAACGAACCUGCCGCGCGACUACCACAGCGCGUUCAGCGGACACUACACUUCUGGGCCGAUGGGUUCUCCGUGGACGACGGUGAUCUUUACCUCUCUGACGACCCCCGAAACGCGGAAAUUCUCGAUGGCAUUCGCCAGGGUCGCGCUCCCCUUUCCAUCAUGAAUGUGCAGCCGGGUCAGGAGGUCGAUGUGGAGAUCAAACAGCAUGAGGAAAAAUACGUCAAACCAAAGCCUAAAUACAAGCCUUUCGCUGGUGCUGGACAGCGUCUCGGAAGCCCGACGCCGGGUGUGAGAACGCCAACCCCUCCCACUGCUCCUGCUGCCGGCCAGAUCAACUCAGACCCUAGCAAGCCUGAUGUGGAUGAAUCGCAGCCGAUCGUCACCCUUCAGGUCCGUCUUGGUGACGGAACACGCCUGACUUCCCGAUUCAACACUACGCAUACGAUUGGUGAUGUCUAUCAGUUUGUCUCUGCCGCCAGCUCGGAUAGUCAGAGCCGUCCCUGGGUGCUGAUGACCACAUUCCCCAGUAAGGAGCUUACUGACAAGACGGCUGCCCUUGGAGAUCUGGCUGAGUUCAAGCGAGGAGGUGUCGUGGUUCUAUCCGGCAAAGGAGGCGUCGGCAAAUCCUCCGUCACCCUCCAACUCGCACUGGCCCUCACCUUACAAGGCAAAUCAGUCGGUAUACUCGAUAUCGACCUAACAGGCCCCUCGAUCCCCCGUCUCGUAGGACUUGAAGAUGCAAAGAUUACCCAGGCACCCGGGGGCUGGGUCCCCGUAACAGUGCAUCCGGCGUCCACAGAUGACGGCGCACAACGAGGUUCCCUCCGCUGCAUGUCACUGGGGUUCCUGCUCCGCGAUCGCGGCGACGCUGUCAUCUGGCGCGGACCGAAGAAAACAGCCAUGAUCCGACAGUUUCUGUCCGAUGUUUACUGGGGGGAGACGGACUACCUGCUUGUGGAUACGCCCCCUGGCACGAGUGAUGAGCACAUUGCUUUAGCGGAACAGUUACUUAAAUCCGCAACUACGAAUCCGGCUGCUGUGUCGUCGACUAUGCCGAGAUUGGCGGGCGCAGUUUUGGUUACCACGCCCCAGGCGGUUGCGACGUCGGAUGUUCGGAAGGAGGUGAAUUUCUGUGUGAAGACGCAGAUUCCGAUGCUGGGUGUUAUUGAGAAUAUGUCUGGUUAUACGUGUCCGUGCUGUGGGGAGGUGACGAAUCUGUUUUCGAGCGGCGGGGGGCAGGUGAUGGCUCAGGAGACAGGAGUGAAGUUUCUGGGUGCUGUGCCUGUGGAUAUCCAGUUUGGGGAGUUGGUGGAGGGCAAGGUGGUUGACGAGAGUGACGAUGAAGAUGAGGGUGGUACGCAGUCGGAACAGAAGCAGGACGCGGUGGAUGACAGGCCGUUGGUGGAGAGGUAUAAGGAUUGUUGGUCAUAUUCCCGGUUUGAGGGAUUUGCGAAAACACUGCUGUCUGAGAUAGAGGGUGGCGUGGCGAAUUAG